GAUCACACCAGAAAUGAAACAGGUUAUUAUCGCCCUUGGAAUUCUUACUGGCGUAACUGAGGCUUUUUGGUUGCAGCCUGUAAAGCAAAGUUCAAGAAGCCAUUGCAGGAAGCUAUUCGCUGAAGAACCUUCUUCAAGCAGUGUAUGCGAUAGCAGCUCGCGUCAAGGUUUUUUGCAGACUCUUGCAGGCCAGGCCGCACUCGUAGGGUUCGGGAUGACUGCGGGCCCACUUUUGGUGGGUGGCAAGGCUGGCGUUGUCCAGCCCGCUCAAGCAGCGGGCCUGUCGAAGGUGAACAGCGAGUUGGCAGGCUACGGGCUUCCACCCAUUUUGGACGUUCCGGGGGGAUUCUCCCCUCUUGUUGAAGUGUAUGGAAAAGCUGCGGGCGCGAAAAAGGAGCGCGAGACCCUGCUGGUACAAUUUCUAUAUCCCAGUCUGUGGGUGGUGAGCAAACCUAGUAUAGAUAAGAAUGGCGAGGAAGGUACGAUUUCCGCGGGCGACUACCAGAAAGGCGACUCGGCUGCAUUCUACGUUGAAGAGGGCCCUGCGUCUGGAAAACUCGAGCAAGAAUCAGCAGACUACUUCGGGGAGGUUGUGAAGCGUGCCAUCGGGCAGAAAAGCCAGAACGUGUACCAAAAUUUCAAGGUUCUCAAGAAACGCCCUGGAGCUAAAGGCGCCAACGGGGCGCAGUACACGAUCGUCGAAUUCAAGUACGAGCUUCUGACGGGGGCGGGUUUCACUGUUGAUCGUAAGGGAGUCGCCAGUGUCACGCAAGUGGGCAAGAACGUGCAAGGUUUGUGGGUCGCCACCACGGCUGCGCGGUGGAAGAAGAUCGGUAACGAUUGUAUAACAAUGGCUGAUUCCUUCCGCGUCUAUGAUGGCAUCGCACCCGCUUAGGAGACAAUCGACAGGAUAGGUACAGAGUAGCCAAUUCAACAGUGUGGGUACUUAGUAUUUGUUACUGGAAUUGCCAGUAAUCACUGAUUGUGCGGCGAUGUCGGUACGCACAUCGCGCGCACGGAUUUGCCUGUUCUGUUACCACCACGCUCAAAGCAGAGGACAUGGGCCCGAGAUGGUGGGACAAAUGGGAUGUAUUGCGCGCGUCCACUUCGCAGAAGAUGCGAUCUAGAGCUUGAAAGAAUUUAUUAUUGUCAUAA